CCUUCCAUUUAGGUUGACCUGCCAAGUGAGAAAGGAGGAGGAGACUGAGAAAAAUGGCUGGCAAUCAGGAAGGGCAGCAAAACCAAGCUGGUAGACACCAGGAGGUUGGCCACAAGAGUCUGUUACAGAGUGAUGCUCUUUACCAGUAUAUACUUGAGACCAGCGUUUAUCCCAGAGAGCCGAAGCCCAUGAAAGAGCUGCGGGAGUUGACUGCAAAACACCCCUGGAACAUUAUGACGACCUCGGCUGAUGAAGGGCAGUUCUUGAACAUGCUGCUCAAACUCAUCAACGCCAAGAACACCAUGGAAAUCGGCGUUUACACCGGCUACUCCCUCCUCGCCACGGCCCUCGCUCUUCCCGACGAUGGAAAGAUACUGGCUAUGGACAUCAACCGUGAAAAUUACGAAUUGGGUCUUCCAAUCAUCGAGAAAGCUGGUCUUGCACACAAGAUUGAUUUCAGAGAAGGUCCAGCCCUCCCGGUUCUUGAUCAGAUGAUAGAAGAUGGAAAGUAUCAUGGGACGUUCGAUUUUAUUUUCGUGGACGCUGACAAGGACAACUACCUGAACUACCACAAAAGGCUGAUUGAUCUGGUCAAGGUUGGAGGAUUGAUAGGCUACGACAACACCCUAUGGAACGGCUCUGUGGUGGCACCACCUGAUGCCCCUCUCCGCAAGUACGUUAGAUAUUAUAAGGACUUCGUGUUGGAGCUCAACAAGGCCCUGGCCGCUGAUCCCCGGAUCGAGAUUUGUCAGCUUCCUGUUGGCGAUGGGAUCACCCUGUGCCGCCGCAUCAGCUGAUUACCCCCCACUUCAUGGUUUAUAUUUUACAUUUUACAUUUUACUCUCCCAAUUUAAAUGGUUUUUCCCUUUUUGUUUUUUUCUUUUGGUUUUGGUGGGGGUGGUUGGGACUUGGGACUUGGGAAGAGAUUAUCUUGGAGGAGAAGACGGUGUUUGGUUGGCAGUGGAUUCUAAGGCCUCUCAAGGCCUGGCCAUGUUUAAUUCUGUUUUAAAAAGCAUAUAAAAUAAUUUAAAUUAUGUU